GCUCAAUGUCCAAAACGAGCGAGCUGCUGGAAAGACUUGCGGACCUAUGGAUUGUAGGAAAAUGCAAAUGUUUUAUGCAGAGAUCUAAGUCUACUUCUCAUAUCGACUGCUUUCAACUUGAACCUUGGGUCGUCGAAGAGUUGAAUGUUUGUGCUAGGCUUGCAAGCUCAAAGUUCGCAACCGAAACGCCUUCUGUAGCCGAAUCCAUCAUUUACACCGAAAGCCUCGAUAGCCUUCAGCCUGAAUUUGCUACAGCAGCGGUUAUGCGUUUCAACUCUUCCUACUGACAAUUACAACUCUCUCUUGUACAAACAUAUCUAUUAUGAAAUGAAUUUUCCUCUGCGUC